AUGGAUGAUUUCAAACAGCUAAGUCCCAAUGAGAUAGAAAGUUCUCAUAGAAAUCCAUUUUUUUUAAAAAAAUUACAAAAUGAAGGAUUAACAAUAAUUGAUUUAUUACAAAAUUUUGAAAUUUCAAUUAACCAGAAACAAAAUUUAAUUGGUGAAUUAAUUAAUAGACCUGAAAAAGAAGUUGAUUAUUAUUUUGAACUGUUAUAUCUGGAUUUAAAUGUUGAACCAACAAAUUUAGAUGAUAUUUUGGGAAGUAGUAAUAAUGAAAAUCAAUUUAUUAAAACUGGAAUUGAUGAAAUUGAUGAUGAUUUAAAUGGAGGUUUACCAAUUGGUGAAAUUACUGAAAUUUUUGGAGCAAGUGGUUGUGGAAAAUCUCAAUUAGUAUUUCAAUUUAUUAAAAAUUGUUUAAAUGAAUUUGAUGAUUCAAAAGUUAUUCAUAUAUCUACUGAAACUAAUAUAAAUUCAACUAGAUUGAGCGAUUUUCUAGAUAAUGAUGAGUCUAAAAUGGAUAAAGUAUCAUGUAUUUAUAAUCCUGAUUUAAUGUAUCAAGACCAUACAUUAUAUACUCAAGUUCCUAUUGAAUUAGAAAAUAAUCCCCAAAUAAAAUUAUUAAUAAUUGAUUCAAUUUCUCAUCAUUUUAGAGGUGAUGAAUCAAUAUCAAAUUCAGAAAUUUUAAAAUCUAAAAUUGAUUCAAUAUUAUCUGAGUUUAAAGAUGAUAAUGACUUUGAAGAAUUAAUAAAAGAUCAAAAUAAACAAUCAAAAUUUAAAACUUAUAAAACUGAAAAGUAUACUCAAAGAAUUCAAAAGCUAUAUUAUAUUUUACACAUGUAUAGACAUUUAAAUAGAUUAGCUUCAAAAUUUAAUUUAGCAGUGGUUGUAAUUAAUCAAGUUAGUGAUUAUGCUUCUGAAAUUAAUACUGAUUAUUCACAAUAUAAUUAUGAAGAUAUAAAUGAUCCAUUAAAUUAUGAUUUUCAAAUUCCUAUAUCAGCUGGAUGGGAUCCAAAAUCAAUUUUUAAUUUAUUACCUAGACAUUUUAUAAAUACUGGAUCAUCAUCAAUUAAUAAUAAUUCAUCAAUUCUGGAUCUUAUUAUAAAUGAAAAAGAUUUAGAAUUAUUAGAUUUAGAAAUGGAAAGAUCAAUGGAAUUAUUAAAUAAAAGACAAAGAACUUCCAACGGUGUUGAAAAUUAUGAUCCAAAAAAUAAUAAAUUAAAUUUGAUUAAUAUGUUUGAAAAUCAAAAAGAAUUAAUUUUAAAAUCUUAUAAUUUAAGAAAUAGUAAAAAGAUAAACAAAUUAAUUCCAACUUUAGGUUAUUCAUGGUCAAUGAAUUUACAAAAUAAAAUAAUGAUUUGUAAAAAAUAUAAACCAGAUUUGAAAACUAAAAAGGAAAUUGAAAAAGAAUCUGAAGAAAUGGCAGAUUUAAAUUCAAUUGAUUUUGAAUCUGGAAUUUCAUUUAAUGAAUUAAUGGAUGAAAUUAAUUCAAAUGGUAAACGAUCAAAUCCAAGUUCUAAUACCUCUUCAACAAAUUCAAAUAUUUCAGCGAUUAAAGAAAAAACAACAAAUUCUUUAUUAAAAGGUUGGAAAGUUGAAAGAUUUAUAAAAGUUAUUCAAAGUUCUAAUUCAACUACUAAUGAUAAUAAUUUUCAGUUACAUAGGUUUGUUAUAGAAAAAAAUAGAAUAAUGUAA